AUGGCGGGAUUAGAGGGUUACGGGGAUGUGUACAGAGGUCGACCUGCUAGGUCAUGGGAGCCAGGAACGUCGCAGAGGUACUACGGUCGAGAGGUUAUACGUCCUCUGGACAUACCCGUUAUCCAUCCCCUGGCGGAGGACAAUCCGCCGGUCGUCGACGACGACAUCGCUGUGAGCAAGUACGUCGGACUAGGCUGUGGAUUGGCGAGCUUGAUCACGGGAAACCUGCUGAUCCAUCCGUUUGUAGUGUUACGGAGACAAUGCCAGGUUAAUCCAGGUGCGUCCAAGUACCACCUGAUGCCCAUAACUCUGGUACCUGUGAUCAUACGUUUGCACCAGACCCAAGGUAUAAACACGCUGUGGAAAGGCAUUGGCUCUGUACUACUUGUGAGAGGAAUGACAAUGGCUGUUGAGGACCUACUUUCAAAAAUUACCCCGUGGCAAAAAAAGAUCACUUGUAACAGCUCGAUGAAAGCAUUUGGUCAACAUAUUCUCCUUAAAUGUAUCUCCAUAGGUAUAGUAACUCCCUUCUACUCCGCGUCGCUCGUGGAGACUGUCCAGUCUGAAAUCGCUUCUGAGUGUCCUGGAAUCUUGGACGUUUUCCGGGACGGCGCGAUUCGCCUGCUCGACGUGUGUAAUAAGGGUAGACUCAUUCCGAUCUACGCCCUCGUACCACCCACCAUAGUUUAUGGAGUAUCGAAGUAUCUUUUUACUCUCAUUGUGAAAGGGGUUACCAGUCGGAUUAUGCAUGUCAGGCAUAAACAUUCGCAGGAAGCAAGGGGAGCGUACAGUAAAGACUUGCUAUCCGAGAGCGUCGUGCAGGAUAUAGAGACGCAGUCUAUCCUCGUUUCGAUGUGCGCGGCCGACAUCGUGUUUUAUCCUCUCGAAACUGUUAUUCAUCGAUUGCAUCUUCAGGGUACGCGUACAAUCAUCGACAACUUGGACACCGGAAGAAGCGUCACGCCGUUAUUAACUGGAUACAGCAGCGCGAUCGAUUGUUAUCGCACGAUAAUCUCAACUGAGGGGCCGCUCGGCUUAUACAAGGGAUUUGGUGCCCUUGUCUUUCAAUUCGCAGUACAUUUUAUGGUAUUGCGCGCGACAAAAUGGGUCUUGACGGAAUUGGGAACGAUGCUGAUGCCAAAACCGAAGCCGAUAAAACCGCAGAGACCUUCGUACUAUGACGAGAUAUAAAUAGACGUAUAACAAAAGAAAUAUAAGAUAUAUGGAAUCAUUUAUUGUUUCAUCUUUGUCGAUGAUUGUAUAAGAUAGAGAAUCGAAUUUGUAACGAAUAUAGUUUCCAAGCACACUUGUUGAACAUUUUAAUGAAUUAAGAUGUCGCAGAUAAAGUUUCAUGUUUUCCAUGUAAUUGAUGGUAAAAUUUUUUGUAUCUGCGGGACUGUGAUCACGCAAGUUUUCUAUAUAUAUCGUAUGUUUUACAAUUGAUGCGAAUUAAAAUAAGGAAAGAAAUAGAGUUCUACCUAAAAAUUCUUAGAACGUCAAGUAUGAAUUUUGUAAAAAUAUGGACAAUAUUUGUGUAGAUACUCCUUGUACGACGUAAUUGUUUUCAGUGAGUACUUUCUACCCUCGAUGAAAUAUAAUUGUGACGUGAUUUAUUAGAUUAUUAUGUCAAUAUACAUGUUAUAGAUUAUUUACAAGAUAAAUAAAUUAAAGUAUGAAUUAUA